CCUGUUCUCCAGCAUUCAUAAUAUGACCCAACUGACAACACACACACUUUCUCUUCUCCUCUCUUUCUCUCUCACACACAUUGAACAACUAUUCACCAAGCACAAAGUUAAAAGAAAAGAGAGUUAUAUAUUGACGCACACGCACUCACACUUUUCAACCCUCCUAACCUUCACCAUAUCAGUCCAUAUGCCCGAUUGUUUAGUCACAAAAUCUGCAUGUGUACGCCUUUUGCUCAACCUCCCUCUUUAAUGCUCUAUCUCCACACUCAUCAUUCUUUCCCCUUUAUUUUCACCCUCGAUUCGAUUUACCCCCAAUUUAUUUUCUUCAACUGCUGCAAUGGCGAUUCAAGCUCAGAUGAGCAACUCAGGAUUCGUGUUUGGUGGAUGCCAAGACGAGAAUGCUUACGGAUUAACCAAUCUCCGCUGCUACCAUUCUAAUUCCAACGAUCAUCAUCUCUCUGUCCCUCACAUCGUCUCCGCUCAAUUCCAGAAUCAACGAAUCGAGAUUGAUCACUACCUCAACACGCAGAACGAGAGGCUGAGAAUGGCGCUGCAGGUGCAGCGGCGGCGGCAGACGGCGCUCCUGGUGAGGAGCUACGAAUCGAAGAUUCAGUCUCUGUUGAAGCAGAGAGACGACGAGAUCUCGAGAGCCGGGAGGAGGAAAGUGGAGCUGGAGGAGUGCGUGAGGAGGAUGGAGAUGGAGAAGGUGACGUGGCAGAGAUUGGCGCAGGAGAGGGAGGCGAUGGCGGCGUCGCUGAGGGCGCGGAUGAAGGAGGCGGCAGCGGAGGACGCGGGGUCGUGCUGCGUGGAGAGAGAGAGAGAAGGAGAAGAGGAGGAUGAGGGAGAAUCGAGGAAGAUGGUUUGCAGAUGCUGCAAUUCUAGGAAAUCGUGCGUGAUAAUGCUGCCGUGCAGGCAUCUCUGCUCAUGCAGAGAUUGCGAUGCCUUUCUCGAUUGCUGCCCUGUUUGCAAUGUCGCCAAGAAAGCAAGUUUGGAAGCUCUGCUUUGACAUAUUUCGGUAAUUAAUUUUAUUCAAAAAAAAUUAGUUUUUGGUUUUUGAUCUUGUUGAUAAUUAUAUGCAUCGGAAAAAUAUGUUUUUUUAAUUAGGUUUUAGUUUUAGAGAAUACUAACUUUGGUUGAUCGAUGAUGUGUAUUGUCAUUUGUCACACUUGUUUGUCCCUUUGUUUAGUUCCUUAUUAGGUUUGGGUUCGUUUCAAAAUUAUUAUUAUUCCUUUUUUUUACGUCGGUCCCAAUUUUAAAAAGUGAGGCUAAAUGAUUAUAAUUUGUCCAAUCACCCGCUUCGAAUAUUAAUAAAGAAUUAGUGUAAUUAAUGCUAAUUCAACUAAAUUACUUCACCUCAAAAACAGCAAACAUUUUAAGACAAUUGUGCCCUUUUACUUGAAUGGUACUUUGAUAAUAUGGAGUAUAUGAAAUACGAUUAGGUUUUAUUUUUUUUAUAUUUUCGAAAUAUCUAUAUUGAUUUUCUUACCAAUAGUAUAUGGAAAAUUAAACAUUAUGGAUUUCUUUGAUAAUUAUGGGGUGGUUCAUUGAACACUCGAGUUAUUUGCGCAACAUAUUAUACAAAAAAGGUGGAACUGUCAUGCAUUUGUCAAUAAAAUAAAUUCACCAAAUUCCCUCUUUUGUUUGGAGAUUUGCGUUA